ACCACUUGGGGAUUGAAUUCAUGGAGAGUGAAGAGGUUUAUCAAAGGCAGGUGCUGUCAAUUUCAUGUAUCAUCUUUGGAAUUGUCAUCGUGGGCAUGUUCUGUGCAGCGUUCUACUUCAAAAGCAAGAAACAAGCUAAACAAAUCCAAGAGCAGCUGAAAGACCCACAAAAUGGUAAAAACUACAGUCUCAAAGCAUCUAGCACAACGGCAAAGUCAGAAAACUUGGUGAAGAAUCAUGUCCAGCUGCAAAAUUAUUCAAAAGCGGAAAGGCAUCCUGUGACUGCAUUGGAGAAAAUGAUGGAGUCAAGUUUUGCCGGCCCCCAUUCAUUCACAGAGGUCUCUUCUGACAGAGGAAGCCAAUCUGUCAAACACCACAGGAGUCUCUCCUCUUGCUGCAGCCCAGGGCAAAGGGGUGGUAUGCUCCAUAGGAAUGCCUUCAGAAGGACACCCCCCUCGCCCCGAAGUAGGCUGGGCGGAAUUGUGGGACCAGCAUAUCAGCAACUUGAGGAAUCAAGGAUCCCAGACCAGGACACAAUACCUUGCCAACGGAUAGAGGUCAGGAAGACUAUAUCCCACCUGCCUAUACAGCUGUGGUGUGUUGAAAGCUCCCUGGACUUAAAGUAUUCAUCCAACGGUUUAAAAACCGAACAAAACGCAUCAAUAAAUAUGCAACUGCCUUCAAGAGAGACAAACUCCUAUUUUAAUAGCUUGGAUCAAAAAGACCUGAUGGGAUAUCCAUCCAACAGGGCCAGUUCCGUGCCCAUCAUCCCUUCAGUGGGCCUGGAGGAAACCUGCAUGCAAAUGCCAGGGAUUUCUGAAGUCAAAAGCAUCAAAUGGUGCAAAAACUCUUACUCUGCUGAUAUCGUCAAUGUGAGUAUUCCAGUCAGCGAUUGUCUCGUAGCAGAACAACAAGAAGUGAAAAUAUUGCUAGAAACUGUCCAGGAGCAGAUCCGAAUUCUGACUGAUGCCAGGAGGUCAGAAGACUACGAACUGGCCAGCGUAGAAACCGAGGACAGCGCAAGUGAAAACACAGCCUUUCUCCCCCUGAGUCCCGUGGCCAAAUCAGAACGAGAGGCACAAUUUGUCUUAAGAAAUGAAAUACAAAGAGACUCUGCAUUGACCAAGUGA